UGAUAAACAAAUACUUUUUACAUUCUGAUACAGCCAAUAGAUGCCUACGUCCACUUGCUGACUACAACACUACAACCACCAACAUCUGGACCAUCCUUUUCAUUGGGAAUAGAAGAUUCCCAACAAGAUAUGCCGUUUGUCUUCAACAGCUUUUCAUCAACCUUCCUUGGAGGUGAUCAAAACUCAGCUAACAGAGCACUUGAUGUCGUCCGCUCAAAGAUUUUGAACACCAGAACAAUCCUUAUCCCAAUAUAUGGUUCAAGCCAUUAUACUUUGCUUGAGCUAGACACCAUUGACCAAGAAUGGAGGUUCUACAACUCCAUCCACAGACAAGGGAGAAGAGAUAAAUACUGUGAAGCAACUGCCAAUCUGAGAAAGAAUGUCACGAACUACAUCAACCAACAAUGCAAGAAGAAGAUUAAAACCUCUGCAAAGCUCGUGGACAAUGCACCACAACAAGAACCAGGCUCGGUUGAUUGUGCAGUUGUUGUUGCCUACAUCAUUCGCCAAAAGCUAAUGAAAAAACCAAUUAAAAGCGACCUUACAAAGCAACAAUGCCUUCAAAUGAGAGCUGAUAUUGUGCAAGCAUUUGUCAGUGACCCCAAGAGAUCAUGGACUCCAGAAAUCUAUCAUAAUAGGAUGGAAAAUCUCAGACUGCAAAAAUAUUAUGACGACCAGGAGCUUCUUGAAGAGAAGAAAAAAAAGGCAUAGAUUCAACUUACUCAUCAAAGUUGGUAGUGGUGUUGUUCAUCAGUUGUAUAGUGGUUAAUGAGUUGUUUAGUUUACUGGUAAAUGAAGAUAUACAAUCUCAGACUGCAAAAAUAGUUUUGGAAGUGAAAGUAGUGCAGAUGGGUAAUGAAAUGGUGGAGGUGAUGUUCAUGACUUGU